CGGCGGCGCUGAGGCGCUGAGGCCGUGGCCGCCAUGGCGCUUUCGGGCGGGAGCCGGCGGAGGCAGCGGCGGCGGGCGCUUCACAUCUACGGAUAAAAACCUUGUGGCUGCAUUCAAAAUCUAGAAAAUGAUCCCGGCUGUGCCAGCGGUAAAAGGAGCGGCACGGCACGGCGGCAUUCCCGAAGGAUGGUGAGCGCCGGUGCUGGGCCAGCCUUGAAUUCCUCGGAGGAGGAGCCUUUGCAGGGGUGUCCCGAAGGAUGGAGAAGAAGAAAAUCCUGAUGAAGUCCAAGGUUGCUGCUCCCAACCUCCUGAGGGCUCUGCAUUCCCUGUACCGGCUUGGGCACCUGUGCGACGUGACGGUCCUCACCCAGCACCUGGGAAUUCAGGAGGAAUUCCUGGCUCACAAAGCCGUCCUGGCAGCUUCCAGCAACUACUUCAAGGGGCUUUUCCUGCACCAGGAGAUGCUGGACACUCAGAAGUGCACGGUGACUCUGCAGGACAUCUACACCGAGGAGUUCACCUCCUUCCUGGAGUUUGUGUACACAGCAGAGGUGGAGAUCGAGGCGGGAAAACUCCAGAGGAUGAAGGAAAUAGCAGAAAGGCUGGAAUGCAAGGAUUUGCUUGAUAUUUGUGAGGAAGUGAAGGCAGAGGGCAGGAAGGGCUUGGAUUUGAGCCAGCACCUGAAAGGGCAGAGGGGUGAAAACAGGGGAUCGCAGUGGCCUUGUAUCCAGCAAGAGGAGAACCCCAGGAACUCUUCCCAGGUUGUGGCAAUUCCCAUGCAGAGGAAACUUUGGGAUAGGCAGAAACACAAGGAGCUGCUGCCGGGCUAUGAGCUCAUUGGAGGCCAAGCAGGAGACCUGGAGCAGGAGGCCACAGCUUUUCCAGCCCCAAAAUCCAGGCCGGCAAAGCAGCCCAAGUGCAACAAGCCACAUUCCCCAGCCAGGCUGGGUGUGGAUAUCACCACCCUGGAAAACAAGGAUGGCCAUUCCCUCCACAGGGGGCAGGAGGGGAAGCAGGAAUCCCAGGAGUGUCCCUACUGUGACAAGGCCAUCAGCUCCAAGUGCGGCCUGGCCGUGCACAUCCGGACACACACUGGGGACCGGCCCUUCCGCUGCCAGCGCUGCCCCGCCAGCUUCACCCACAGGGCUGCCUACACCUCCCACCUCAGGAAAACCCAUGAGUCUGGGCAAGAGAGGAAACUCCUGCCUGUCUACUGGAUGGUGGUUCCACCCACACAUGGCCCAAACCCCACGAGCUGUGACAAAGAUCCCGAUGGAGAGACUUGGGAUGGGACACCAGAAACCUCAGGGUGUGAGGAAGAUGCCGGGAAUUCAUCAAUUGCUGAAGCAGAAAGGAGCAAGCAAGAGGAAUCCCAGGAAGCUGAAGGAGGGCAUGAAGAUGAAGGUGGAAUGAGUGUGAAGGGCGAGGAGCAGGGAGACUAUAACACAGGAUACUCGGAAGCUGAAAGAAGCAGGCACAACGAGGAAUGUUCUGAGGAGGAGGAUGAGGAUGAAGCCUCAACAGAGAAGGACAGCAAAGAACCCGAACAGGGAUUUAAACUAAAGAAGGCCACUAAAAGCGUGGCCAACAAGAAAUCCAUCUACGUGAUCCAGUGCGACAAGUGCCAGGAGCGGUUUGUCUCGCGGAAGAAAUACGUGGAUCACUGCCGGGAGGUGCACCAGAGCCUGCCUGGCAAGGUGUACCGCUGCGAGGUGUGCAGCAAGGCCUUCGCCAGCUACACCAGCUGGAAGGAGCACCGCGCCUGCGUGCACAGCGACGAGAGGAGGUUCUCCUGCAGCCUCUGCCAGGCCACCUUCAAGAGGAAGCGGGAUGUGAGGACUCACUCCAUGCGGAAGCACGAGGGCAGGGCCAAGCGGCCGCUGUGCUCCGUGUGCGGCAAGAUCCUGAGCUCCCGCACGGCGCUGGUGUUCCACAUGCGGACACACACCGGAGAGAAGCCCUACGAGUGCGGCGUGUGUCACUCCCGGUUUGCUCAGCCCUCCCAGCUCAAGAUCCAUACCAGAUCCCACACUGGGGAGAAGCCCUACAUUUGUGAGGACUGCGGCGCUUCCUUUGCCGACAAAGGAAAACUCACUGGCCACAAAAGGACACACACAGGAGAGCGGCUCUUCAGGUGUGACGUGUGCGGGAAGCACUUUGCCACCAACGAGUACCUCAAGUGCCACAAGCGCUGUCACCUGGGAGCCAAACCCUACAGGUGUGAGGUCUGUGGGAAAGCCUUCGGACUCAGAGCCUCCCUGGCCCAGCACAGCAACGUCCAUGCAGAGACCCGUCCCUAUUUCUGCGAGCAGUGUGGCAAGGCCUUCACGCAGCAGGGAGCUCUGCGGCGCCACCAGCGCAUCCACACCGGCGAGAAGCCCUACAAGUGCCGCGCCUGCGACAGGCCCUUCACCGACAUGUCCACCCUGCGCCGGCACGUGGCGAUCCAUGACCGGAAUGCUCACUGGAGAAGCUUCUUGAUUGACCUCACACAAAAAAAAGACCACAAUUGGUCCAAAAUAGAGACUUUAGUGGAAGCACAUCCAGGAGGAGAUCCUGUGCCCGAAAUUUGGACGGUUGACCACGGGAAACUUUAUAAACCAGGAAGUGCUAAAGCAGCAGCAGCAGCACACGUGACACCUGGGCUUGGGGACACUGACCCCUCCCUUUUGUACUUAUAA